GUGUCAGUGCAGGCUACUGCUGUCACAUAUCGACCUACUUUGUCAUCAUGCCACUGAAAACAUGUUGCAUCUACAGCACCGGAGUGGUCUCUUUACUGCUCCUCAUUGUGGGCAUUUCUCUCAUCUUGUCUAACGUGUUUCCACAUUUUCUUCAGGCGAUAGUUAAAAAGGAAGUAGUUUUGAAGAAUGGCACAGAUGCAUUUGAGGCCUGGGAGAAUCCACCAGCGCCUAUCUACAUGCAGUUUUACUUCUUUAAUCUAACCAACCCUAUGGAGGUGCUGGAUGGGGACAGGCCCGCUGUGGUGGAGAUUGGGCCGUAUACGUACAGGGAGUAUCGGCCUAUGGAGGAAGUGAACUUCCAGGAAAAUGGGACCAAAGUAACAGCUGUCAACACUAAAACCUACAUAUUUCAGCGUAACAUGUCCCGAGGUCCAGAGAGUGACCUCAUCAGGACAGUCAAUAUCCCUGCGCUGACAGUGAUGGAAAAAUUCAAGGAUGUCUUUUUAGUGGCGCGCUUGAUUGCAGACUACAUGACAUCCACAGGUGAAGGCCUGUUCACCACCCGUACAGUGGGAGAGCUGCUGUGGGGAUAUGAAGAUGGGCUGCUCAAAGCCCUCAAAACUUUAUCACCUGGGCUGGAUGACGUUUUCGGACUCUUCUACAAGAACAAUGGUACCAAUGAUGGAGAAUAUGUUUUCUUCACUGGCCAACAAGACUCCAAGGACUUUGCUCGUGUGGAUACAUGGAAUGGUGAAAGCUCACUGAAUUGGUGGUCCUCUGAUGAGUGCAAUAUGAUUAAUGGAACCAACGGAGCGUCUUUCCAUCCAGUCAUCACCAAGACUGAGACGCUUUACAUGUUCUCCUCUGACCUGUGCAGGUCUCUAUACGCUCUGUAUGAGGAGGAUGUGAAAGUGAAGGGCAUCCCAGGGUAUCGCUUCGUUCCCCCCAGCAUGGUGUUUGCCAAUCUGACUGUGAACCCAGCCAACGCAGGCUUCUGUGUCCCUGCUGGAAAUUGCCUGGGCUCUGGCGUGCUGAAUGUCAGCGGAUGUAAACAAGGAGCUCCCAUUAUAAUGUCUUCACCACACUUCUACCAGGCAGAUGAGAAAUUUGUUCAAGAUGUAUUUGGUAUGAAACCUGAGAAGGAGUAUCACCAGACCGUCAUCGAUAUCAAUCCACUAACCGGAUUCAUCCUGCAAGCUGCCAAGCGUCUCCAGGUCAACGUCUAUGUAGAAAAAAUUGACACCUUCAGUCAAACAGGAAACGUGAGGACGGUGGUCUUGCCUGUGGUUUACCUAAAUGAGAGCGUUGUCAUCGACGACGCCUCAGCCACGAAGUUGAAGACGAUUGUUCUUGAGGAGAAUGUGGUGGAGAACAUUCCCUUCAUGCUGAUAGGUCUGGGCAUCCUCCUGGGAGCACUCUUCAUGUUCCUGAUGUGUCGACAAAAGAUCCCUGAGAGCACUGCUGCUGAACGACAGCCCCUGCUCUCAUCAUAGCACCAAAAAAGGAUGUGAAUGAAGGAGGAUUGCUAUGUUUGCAAGUUUAAUCAACACUUCAAGAGUUCCCGUGAAUCUGCAGUUUUAAACUCCUAAGUACUAAGUACUCGUUUUCUUUCAUAACCACAAUUCCAUAUUUUAAAUAGUUUUUAAUCUUAAUGUUUUUGGGAUACAAAGUGAAGAGAAAGGUUUGGCUUUAAUGUCUUUCUUUCAAGUCAGUUGUAAUGAUUGUGAAAUCCCAAUCUGAGUGUUUUCCUUUUAUUACUAAAUAUGGGAUUUUGGAUUGAAACAGCUUGAAUUGAAAUCAUUUAAAUGAAAUCAAAUCUAAUGUUGAUUGUUGUUUGUUUGUUGGAUUUUCUGGGGAGUCAACUUUGAACUAAUCAAAUAUCCAGGAAUUUAAAAAUUGUCAUUAUUUGACAAUUGGCCAAUAUUUGUGUUUGAAAUUGCUGCUUUUAUGAAUAUGUGUGUAAGAUCAGGUGUACGAGCGUGUCCAUAAAUGACUACAGAACAGAAAGUAGUAAUGAAGGAAUGCUAGGUGUGUUUUUAAAAGUAUAAGUUAAUGAGUUCUUAGGAAGUUUGUGAAGCUUUUCGUCUUAAAUAAUUUCUUAAGAUCAACAUUUUUGCAUUUUUGUAUUGUCUAAACAUGAGCAAAGUAAAUAACAAAGUCUGUACUUUCAAAAAGACCGCAGCCAAAAUGUUUUACUCUUAAAGGUAUACUAUGCAGGAUUUUCCUAAAAAUUAAUGUAUAGACUCAUACAAAAAUAAUCCCUGUAUCCCAGUGUCUGUAUCUAUGGAGACCCUGCCAUAUUUUCUUAUUAUUUUGCUGUGUUCAGGAUGUUUCCCUAGCCAAUAACAGCGGGCAAGGUGUGAGGUCAGGACUCGUGGUGCAGUGACCAUGUUACAUCUAUGUUUUUUUUAUGUGCUUCAGUGUUUCGCCUGUUUUUCUGUCUCUCGUUACUGCUGUGUGCAGAGUGCUGCUCCUCUGCUGUGUGCAGAGUGCUGCUCCUCUGCUGUGUGCAGAGUGCUGCUCCUCUGCUGUGUGCAGAGUGCUGCUCCUCUGCUGUGUGCAGAGUGCUGCUCCUCUGCUCUGUGCAGAGUGCUGCUCCUCUGCUGUGUGCAGAGUGCUGCUCCUCUGCUGUGUGCCUAUGCUGCUGUGUUUGACUGGAGCCAGGGCUGAGCUACACACACAC